AUGUCAAAAUCAUAAGAGAGGAACUUCAAAUUGUAUGGAGAUCAAGUAAACAAGCAAAUAGUAAUGACUAUUGAUAAUAAAAAUCUGAUGUUCGGGCCAAAGACUUCAAUUCUUUCUCCCGAUAAGUAGACAUAUGAAUCUUGCGGAAGUGUAGGGAAAAUGUUGUAGAUGGGAACUAAAAAUUCCUAAGUUCCCUGCCUGACUAAAUAAUUUAAAAAUGAUUUAAAGAAGAUUAAAAUUUCCAAACAAACAAAGAACAAUGAGAAAUCGUAAAGUAAUAAUCUCAAUCCAAUUUCAAGUAAUCAUAAUGAAUAGGAUUUCAAAAUACUAAAUGAGAACUAAAGAUUAAAGGAGGAAAUAUAAUUGCUAAAAGAUUAAUUAGUACUUGCAUAAACUGUGGGAGUAAAUUUAUCUGCAACUACUGCUUCUAAUAAUAAAAAUUAUCUUCUAACUCAAACAAACUUUAACUCAGACCAUAAGUAUCAAUCAAUGAAUAAGUCUCAUUGUACAACAAACAUUGAUUCACACAGAAUGAUUAACUCGUAUCAUGCGAGUCCGAGAAAUUACAAUCACAAAAAAAUCAUUAACAAUACUCAAAAUUGUAACAUUUAAGAUUUCAACUUUGAUUUGGAUGAAAUUGUCAGGAAAAGAAGAGAAAUUCUUAAGAAAUAUCUUGACAGCUAGAACCAGUUCAACCUUGUAAGCAAUAUGGAUAAAAAGCAAUCAAAGUCAUUAAGAUAGACUUUCACUUAAGAUCACUCACCAAAUAAAAGUCUCAUUGAGUAUAAAGAACCAAUAACAACCUAAGGUGAUUUGAUGUAGGAUAAUUUUUAAGAGGACAUUCAGACAAUAGAGUUUAACAUUAAAGACAAGGAUUCAAACUAAUAUAUGUAAUCGCCUUAUUCAUUGAGUAUGACAACGUGUCAACUUAAUAUUCAAGAAUAACCAGUAACCAUUGAGCCUGUUUAUACUAUAAAAAUUAAUAAAAAAGUAAGAUCAACAUCAAGAGUCUUAAAGGUAAAUGAAAAUAUUGGCAAUAACUAGAAUACAGCAAUAAACAUUAGCUAAGUUAAGACCUAUUCGUAGAAUGACACCAAUUAACCAGAGAGCAUUUAAGAAAAGGCUGUUAUUUCUAAAAAUCCUGAAAAAUAGCAAAAUUGUCAGCAGAGUUUUUUACAACAUCUAAGCAAAGACAUGUUUGACUCUCAAUUUCUAUCAUCAUCUAGAUUGCUAAGUUUAUAAAUGAACUCACCUUAGAAUUAGAUUUUAAGUGAAAAAAAAUAAUUGAAUAAUCAGGAUUAAAACUAAGAUAGAUUUGGCAUAAUGAUGAGAUUACUGAGCGAGACACCAGUAAAGCAAAAGCAUAUCAAAAUUGAAAGGAGUAUGUAUAUGAGCGGUAUUAAAUCAUAGGAUAAUUCCCCAGAUAAAAAGCCAUCGUUAAAGCUGAUUGAUAAAUAGGAUUAGCUGGCUUCAAGAAGUUAGAAAAAGCAGAAAGUACAGCAGUCUGCAAGGAGCAUUAAAAGUUUGAUAUAAUCAAAUACCUAGGAGGAUCUGAGAGUAAUUCAAGAAUAAAGAUAAUUGAAUAUAAAGCCUAUGUCAAAACCAUUCAUAGAAAAAGAAGCAUUAGAAAUAAGUAUUUAAGAGGUAGGAGAUGAGCCGUCUUUCUAAAUAGUACCGGUGAAAAUGCUGGUUGAUUCCUUUAGCAAAACUUUAAAUGAAAGUUAGAUUAAAUGCAGUGAUACUCAGUCAAUUGAGAGAUCUCAUAAUUAGAGAUUGCCAGCCAUAAAAUUAAAAAUUAAAAGUCAGAUACUCCAGAAAUACAUCAAUCCAAAUAAUUCUAGAACCUCUAAAGUUGUUAAUUAAGUAUCUUUAAAAUCAACAAGCAAAGUAUAAGAUUCUAAAGACUAAAGAUAAAAUAUGAGUUCCUCGACUUUAACGAAUAUUACAAGAGAUCUAACACCCAGGCAAAGUUUUUUGAGUGUAGGAGGUAAUGAGAGGUCAUCUAGAAAAGGCAGUAUUCAAGUGAAUUCAUCUAGAUCAUAACAAAAAACUAUUUAAAGCCCAAUGAGGUUAAGUAGUAAUUAAUCAUCCUAAAGAGGAUUUAAAACUUUAACUACAAACAAUGAGAGUAGUUAGUAUAUGAACUUAGCAAAGGAUUGGCAGAAAAAUAUGAAGAAACUAGAUGAUAAAUUAGAUAAUUAUCGUGAAACGAGUGCUAAGCGAAAGAAAUAAAGAGAAAAAUCUUCCAAAAAAUGA